AUGUUUGGACGCGACCCCGUGUUUAAUAUCGACCUGCUCAUCCAACACGAUUUGGAGAACCACAUUCCAGCGGAUGACUCGGGGUUCUACGUUCAAAAUCUGGUCACUACCCUUCAUGCAGCGUGGCGUUCAGCAAUGUCUUUUAACGAACGUCAAAGAAUAAAGUUCAAAGCGCAACACGAUCGCACCCAUCUUUCUCCCCUAUCCAUUAAGGAGGGCGAUCGCGUAUAUCUUCGUGACCUGGCCCCCAAGCGAUUUGAUAACUUCCACCGAGACCCGACGGGAUCCAAACGCAAACUUGGUCGCAUCUCUAACGCAGCUUGCGCAGCGCUCGCGGCUAUAAAUGCCGCCGGCGACGAUCGUCGUACUCAUUUGCGGGAAGUUACGCUAGUUUAUCCCCUCUGGCACCCGAUACGGAUCCAAUUCACCCUCACCGACAUGGCUUCCGAAGCUGGAUGGGCUCCUGGUCGGCACGUCGUUCUUUGGGUGGUUGGUUCUCCCAGUUUGGUUUGGGCUAAGGUGGUCACCCUGGUCAACUUCUCCGACCGCAAGUUGCUCAACCUUACCCUUGAAGCGUUCCCGUGGGCCAACACCGCGUUCCUCAGGGCGAUUCGGCAGAACGGCCGCGACUCUGACGGAUCUCGCAUCUUUGAUGCUUGCAUUCGCCUUAGCCGGCCUAACGUAGCAGCCAACCCUAUUUAUGACCUGGUUUCCCGUCUGGAUAUCUUCGCAGGCCUUAAUCCAUACUCCAUGGGUGACCAGGCAUCAGCUGUCGCAAGAGGAUCUGGAGGUCUGCCGUCGUUUUCAACGGUAUCGCUCCUUGGUUGA